UACAUAAUUUUUACUCGUUUAUUCCGUAAAUUAGCCUUCAUGACAGAAAUGCUGAAUAUAAGGCAUUGCUAUUCCAGAACGGGCGUCUGUAAAGUUACCGAUUUAGAGUGUGACGCUGUUUGAGUGAGCGCCGCUAGCUCGCUAGCCAGCUAGCUAGCUAGUCCAAACAAAUAGUAUGAGAAGAAGAAGCGGAGUGAAAACACACACGUUUCAUUUUCAAAUGAACCAUGAGUUGGUUAUUCAAGCGGUUUGAAUUCGCACAGGCGUGAAAGUGUGGAUACCGAGUAAGAAAGCCUGAACCUCCGUGUGUGUGUGUGUGUGUGUGUGUGUGUCAGCUGACAGUCGAGCAGUAUGGGGCGCCGCUCAUCCAGCAGUGACGAGGGAAGCAGAAGCCGGAAGAAACGAAAACAACGUCGCCGUUCAUCAUCCUCUUCUUCCUCCUCCUCCUCUGGUAGUAGGUUGACCAGCAGCAGGAGCCACCGGUCGAACCGCCGCAGCCGCUCACGGUCCAGGGACAGGAGACGGAAGAGACGUUCAAACAGCAGCUCGUCCCACAGUUCAUCUCGCAGGAGGAGGAGUCGUAGCGGCGACAAGGGGAGGAGCCACCGCUCUCACAGGUCACGCAGCAAAGACAGAAGGUCCCACUCUCGUCACCGGCGCUCCCGCAGCAAGAGCGGCAGUCGCCGAGGGAGCCAUGGCCGCCGUAGGAGCCGCAGCCGCAGCAGAGACCGGAGCAACCGCGGCCGACACAAGGGCCGGGACAAAGACAAGGAGAGGGACAGGGGACGUAACCGAGACAAGGAGAAGAGCAAGGACAAGGCAGAGAAAAAGGGGGACACCGCGAGCAUGAAAGCAAGAUUAGAACAUCUGACGCCAGCAGAGCAGGCUAAAGUUCGAAUGCAGAUGGUCCUGGAGGCUGCAGCCAAGACCGAUGAAGUUCUCAAGGCCAAAAUAGCCAGGCAAGAGGAAGAGAUGCGAAAAAAGUUGGAUACAGAUGGAACUUCUCUGGAGGAGCAAGUGCAAAGGAUAAAGGACAUUGAGGCCAUCGAAAGCGACUCCUUUGUUCCGCAGGCUUUCAAAUCAUCCCGGGAUGAUAUCAAGAUCGAGCUCAGGGUGAAGCAGGAGCCUGACCUGACGGACGACAUGGACAUGAGUCUUCCCACGUCCAUAAUCUACAACGAGACAGAUACUUUGGCUCAUCCUGCUCUGUUCAUGGACAAAGAGAAGGCCGAGGAGCUGUGGCUCACCCGACUGCGGUCUCUACGCCAGGAGAGGCUCAUGGGAAGUCCUGUGUCCUAACCACCCUGUAGCGUUUCCAUUCUGUUUCCGAUCACAUCCUGUCACAGGCAAUUGAAUUCCACAUGUUAUUUGUAGCAAGUGUUGUCAAUCUCUUGUACAAGCGCACCAUUAAUACAAAUAAAGUGUAGGUUUUUGUUACUGAAA